GACGACCCUGCCAGGCCCGACACGGGCCGGGUCCCCGCCCGCCGCCUGACCCCCCGGCUUCUGCCAUGCUGCUCCUGCCGCUCCUUGGCCUCGUCCUCACCUUGAUGGCAGGAUGGAUCCGGCCAGAGACGCGGGUGAUUAAGGGCUACGAGUGCCCGCCUCACUCCCAGCCCUGGCAGGUGGCCUUGUUCUUCAAGUCCCGGCUGCACUGUGGAGCUUCGCUCAUCCACCCGCUCUGGCUGGUCACCGCCGCUCACUGCCGCAAGCCACGCUACCAGGUCCGCCUGGGAGUCCAUAACAUCGAGCAGCAUGAGGGGACAGAGCAGGUGCGCCUGGCCACCCGCUCCUUCCCCCAUCCCGGCUUCAACAGCAGCUACCCCAACAAGGACCACCGCAAUGACAUCAUGCUGGUGAAACUGGACAAGCCCGCCCAUCUGACUGCCGCCGUCCAGCCCUUACCCCUACCCCAGGACUGCGUCACCGCCGGCACCUGCUGCCUCAUCUCCGGCUGGGGAACCAUCACCAGCCCGAAAAUUCACCUCCCCGCUACGCUGCGCUGUGCCAAAAUCAGCAUCAUCCCCCAGAAGGAAUGCGAGGCCUCCUACCCCGGCAACAUCACCGACACCAUGGUCUGUGCCAGUGUCCGGAACAAGGGCCGGGACUCCUGCCAGGGAGACUCUGGGGGUCCCCUGGUCUGUAACGGGAGCCUACAGGGGAUCAUCUCAUGGGGUCAGAACCCUUGUGCCACCAUUUCCAAGCCGGGCGUCUACACACGAGUCUGCAAAUAUGUCGACUGGAUCUGUCAGACCAUGAAGAACAACUAGUUCCAUUCUGGGGGUGCCCGGACCCUGACUGUGCCACCACACCCUCCCCAACCCCCACCCAAAACCUGGCCCGGACACCCCCGGGGACCCCUCGCCAGAGAGCUCUCCUCUGAAUGAAGCCCAGGUUCUUCCCUACGUACACUCCGCUCCCCAGCCCGGCCCCCAGACUCAUCUCCCAGGCUCCCCCCCACAUC